UCCAUAUACCGGUAAACAUGACCGAGCACUAAAAGUGCAUUAACUGCAGUGUAAACAGGGUAGAGUUUUCCUAUUAGCAGAAUAUAUAAGUGUGAAUCAGACGGAAGUGCGCUCUGUAAGUCCGGACACUGUGUGUGUCCAGCAGCAGCACUGCUGAGUGUGAGCUGGGGGAGACACACAAUGGGUAAAGCUGAAAUGACAUGCUGAAGAGAAUGAGGAUCUAAACCAUUAUCCAAUAGAAAAUAAGACCCUGUUAAAGAGCAGAAUUAAAGAGCAGAGUGUGUGCAGUGCUGAGGGAUGGACUUGGACUUGGACACGUGGUGAGAGGAGAGAGAGAGAGAGAGAGAGAGAGAGAGAGAGCUACUGCCAACCCACACGGGCUAAAGAUUUGGAAAGACGACACAGCUAACGAUAUGGAGGAGGAACGAGCUGACAAUAGAAAGAAGUCACCAAAAAUAUGUGGCACCAACUACCCACUCAGCAUUUCCUUCAUUGUAGUCAAUGAGUUCUGUGAGAGAUUCUCUUAUUAUGGCAUGAAAGCGGUGCUCACACUUUACUUCAUCAAUUACCUCCACUGGAGCAAGGACUUCUCCACUGCUAUAUACCAUGCAUUCUCUGGCCUGUGCUACUUUACUCCUCUAAUAGGGGCCAUCAUAGCUGACUCAUGGCUGGGAAAGUUUAAAACCAUCAUCUAUCUGUCAAUCGUGUAUGUCAUUGGUCAUGUAAUAAAGUCUGUUGGUGCGAUUCCAUCUGUAGGGGACAGCACUGUGCACAUUGCUCUGUCCAUGUUGGGGCUCAUCCUCAUUGCUUUUGGGACUGGAGGAAUCAAACCUUGUGUGUCAGCGUUUGGUGGGGACCAAUUUGAGGAAGAGCAUAUAAAGGAGAGAAGAAAGUUCUUCUCAAUCUUCUAUAUGUCAAUCAAUGCUGGGAGUGUGCUUUCGACCCUCGUCACACCAGUUCUAAGAGGUGACGUUCAGUGUUUUGGAGGUGAUUGCUAUGCUCUUGCCUUUGGAGUUCCUGCGGCUUUAAUGUUCAUCGCUUUGGUGGUUUUCAUUCUUGGCAGUGGGCUAUAUAAAAAGUCCCCACCUGAGGGAAAUGUCUUGUUGAACGUCUGCAAGUGCAUUGGGUUUGCCAUACGCAAUCGGUGGAGAAGCAGAAAGAAAAGCCCAAGACGGAAUCACUGGCUGGACUGGGCUGAGGAGAAGUAUUCGAAAACUCUUAUUCAGGAGACCAAAAUGGUGCUCUGUGUGCUGGUUCUCUACAUCCCAUUGCCCAUGUUCUGGGCUCUCUUUGAUCAGCAGGGAUCUCGCUGGACUCUACAAGCCACACGGAUGAACAUGGAUUUUGGUGGAGGUUUUGUAAUAAAGCCUGAUCAAAUGCAGACGCUGAAUGCUUUGCUCAUUCUGAUAUUCAUUCCUAUCUUUGACAUGGGUGUGUACCCGCUCAUCCGUCUUUGUCGGAUCAACCUCACGCCUCUAAGGAAGAUGACCACAGGAAUGAUCCUUGCUGCACUCGCCUUCUGUGCUGCAACUGUAGUGGAAGUCAAUGUCAUCAAAACGGUUGUGGAACCUCCACCAGCCAAAGAGUGUUUGCUACAAGUCCUUAACCUUGUUAAUGGAGAGGCUGUGUCUGUAGAAAUUACAGGACAUAAUAUUUUCCCUGACAAAAUAGAACCAUAUAAGGAUCCUUUGGAAUACACCAGACUUCCACUUGAGGAUGUCAGCCAAGUCUUCCCAGUCACUGUUUCUCAAAAUGGAGUGGCUCACCAGUGCCAACUUAACGUCAGUGAGCACACUGUCUAUAGCCUCAUCUUGUAUAGUGAGGGCACUAGUAUUGAGUGUAAACAGGAAAAGGAUAAUAUCAUGAAAUCUGUGAAUGGAGAAGCCGUCGUCAGAUUUAUUAAUAGCCGAUCAGAGGACAUGAACAUAACAGUAGGCAGUGUAACAUUCUUUGCACCAAGCAGUUACGGGAUCUCUGAAAGCAAAAGUGUUGAAAGAGGAAAAUACACAGAAGUUUCCUGCGAAUCACAGACAAAGACACAUCUUAUUGAUCUGGGGCUUCUUGACUUUGGUGCCACCUACACAUUCACUCUUGGCGGGGACACAGAAGCCAUACAAAUUAAUAAGACUGAGGAUGUCCAGGCAAACAAUGUGCACAUUGCUUGGCAGAUCCCACAGUACGUCCUCAUCACUGCAGGGGAGGUCAUGUUCUCAAUCACUGGUCUAGAAUUUUCAUAUUCACAGGCCCCAGCGAGUAUGAAGUCUGUGCUGCAAGCAGGAUGGCUUCUUACUGUGGCUUUUGGGAAUGUCAUUGUGCUGAUUGUGGCAGAGGGAGCUGGGCUGGAGCAGUGGUCAGAGUUUCUGCUCUUUGCUGCACUGCUGAUUGCGGUCAGCAUCAUCUUCUCCAUCAUGGCCUAUUUCUACACCUAUGUUGACCCUGAUCAGGUGGCCAAGCUCGCCAAAGAUGAUGAAAAAAUGACUGACUUCAAGGAGAAAGAAAAAGAGAAUAUGGACAUGAUUGAUGCCCAGAAGAUGACAAAGCUAUAGCACAGCUACUUGUUGCUUCUGAUGUAUAAUUUAUACUAAAUCAGAUCAAAACUAAUCAUAUCAGUCAGAAAGUUCUGUUUAUUGCAUUUUUUUUUUAAUAAUGGCAAUUUUCGGAUGAUUCAAGGACUUUAUCCUUAUUUGAUCCCUUCAACUGAUGGAUCAUAUAUAUUUAAGGCAAGAAAUAACUAAAUACAAAUUUUUCUGGCUGUAUUUAUUUGUGUUUAUGUACAGUUAGGUCCAUAAAUAUUUGGACAGAGACAACAUUUUUCUAAUUUUGGUUCUGUACAUUACCACAAUGAAUUUUGAACAAAACAAUUCAGAUGCAGUUGAAGUUCAGACUUUCAGCUUUAAUUCAGUGGGUUGAACAAAAUGAUUGCAUAAAAAUGUGAGGAACUAAAGCAUUUUUAAAACACAAUCCCUUCAUUUCAGGGGCUCAAAAGUAAUUGGACAAAUUUAAUUGUAAAUAAAAUGUUCAUUUCUAAUACUUGGUUGAAAACCCUUUGUUGGCAAUGACUGCCUGAAGUCUUGAACUCACUGACAUCACCAGACACUGUGUUUCCUCCUUUUUAAUGCUGUGCCAGGCCUUUACUGCACCGGUUGUCAGUUGCUGUUUGUUUGUGGGCCUUUCUGUCUGAAGUUUAGUCUUUAACAAGUGAAAUGCAUGCUCAAUUGGGUUGAGAUCAGGUGACUGACUUGGCCAUUCAAGAAUAUUCCACUUAUUUGCUUUAAUAAACUCCUGGGUUGCUUUGGCUUUA